AACAUUGUGUCAGCUUUGCGAUUGACGACUAGCUCAUUAUGGGGAAGCAAAAAACGGCAUUGAUAGACCGAAACGAGAUGCAGAGUUAAUCACGUCUUAUCAGUCUUGCUGCUUGACUCAUCGCCAUGGGACGCAAAUCGGUUGUGCUCGGUGUAAUAUUUCUCUCAGCUGUCAGUGUCAUUGCGGUCGAUCGAACACCCUUAAGGUACGUUCCCUUCCGGUGUCGAGGUGGCAUUUCCGUGUCGAUAACGUUCCGUUGCGAUGGGUUCGCUCACUGCCCGGAUGGUUCAGAUGAGGAAGGUUGUCGGAGCGUAUCGCUCGUUGAAGGACCGCCUGAAAGCGUCACCGUGCAAGAGGGCGAGUGGAUGAAUCUAACGUGUCGGGGAACUGGCGUACCGUCCCCAAGUGUACGAUGGAAAAUGAAUGGAAAAGAGCUACUGGAUCCGGUUUGUGAUUGGGUCUCGGAGGAUGGCGUUGGACAUCUUGCUUGUAAGAUGCGUCUGAUAGAUUCUGGGAAUUAUUCCUGUCAUUUGGUAAAUCCGCUCGGCACAAUCGAUGUACAACCGGUGACGAUGGCCACGGUGCAAGGGAAUCCAUGUCCGAAAGGAGAGUUCUUAGCCGGAGAAGGAAGUGCCAAGUCUUGUAUGAAGUGUUUCUGUUCUGGCGUCAGUGAUCUGUGCCACAAAGCAGAUAUGUACCGGUGGAAUAACACACUGGCGUUGAACGACUGGAAAAUGAGAUACGCAACGUGGGAUGGCAAAGGUACUGUGAAGAUAGAGCAAAACAUCCAGAAUUUCUCUUCAAACCGGACGCUGUACUACAGCCUACCAUAUCGAUUCAUUGAGCAUCAGACCAAAUCAUACAGCGGAUAUCUUCAGAUCCCUCUCGACACGGGAGAAGAAAUACCAAGAAUCAUUGUGAUGGGUUAUAACAGAACGCUCAUCUACAGGAACAACCACAAAGACGAGAUCCUCAACGGGAUGGCUAGAAUCAAGCUACAUGAAACCAACUUCUUUCACCCAAACGGAACGGCAAUCGAUCGGAUUGAGCUACUAAUAGUGCUUUCGUACAUUGAUCACUUCUUGAUUGAAAUGCGCCCAAAAAAUGGACGAUAUAUACCAAGCGAACAGUCGAUCGUAAUGGACUCUGCAAGCAGUUAUCAGAGAGGAAUAGGCAAGGCAGCGUUCGUGGAAGAGUGUCGAUGUCCGGUUGGAUUUCGUGACAGUUCCUGCGAACGGUGCGACUUUGGUUACAAUCGGGCAUUCGUUGGACCACCGAUGGGCCUGUGCAUGCCCUGGGAAUGGCAUCGGGAGCGCUACGUCCCUCCGAGCACCACAACAAGAGCAUACCAUUACGUUUGACCUGCGAGAUUAGAUAUAUUGGAUUCUAGUAUACCGAAUUAUUUCACUGUUAUAUCAAGCAGGAAAUCACGAAACGUCAAAUCAAACUCUUUUCGUUUAUCAAGAUCUUCCAGUGCAGAGGAAUUUUCGAUUCAGUACGCGCGCAUACGCACGCACUUCUUAACACAGUUUAAAGGGCACACUAAUUACAUAGCCCUCAGGCGUCAUAAAACAACACAACCUAGAAGCCCGUUCGUUACCUCGGCACCCAUCAACGCGUUGUUAUGCGUGUUGUUCUUGACUGACUUUGGCUGGGCGCUCUCGGUUGUUUUUUGUGCGAGGAAGAUUCAACCUUGCUCCAACCCUCAUCCAGAUCGUAUUCCCUCACUCCCCCUCUGCAUGUUGAACGCGUUCUGCCCUUUUGCCUUUGGGUUUCCCGUUCCGGUUCGUAGCCUGUUGGUGAGAAAUUUCUACUACCCUGGGAAAAAUUUCGACGACGACAGCGACCCGGUGGUCACCCUUCGUUGUGUUUUGUUGCAGAAGUUGUAGUAAGAUGGGGGUGCCUUUCACCCACACCUUUUAAUGGAUGGCAGUGUAUUGGUAACAUCUUGAAGCGAAAAAAAAGUUGUCUUUUAAGAACAGAACAAAACCUAACGGGGAAAUACGACGACCCACAAGAGCCUACGGAAUACAGCUCUGGAUGUCUUGGUGUGGUGUAGGUAUCAAAACAUUCCACCAAACACCAACUUGGACGCGAGCGCAAAUAAGCCGCCGUGGUGUUGUUCUUGUGCUGUUGCGUUUUUGACCCCUCUUUGUAUAUAUAUCUCUCUCUCCCUUCUUCAACUUCUAGACAUUAUACGGGUGAACGAACCUGAGGAUGUUGUUGCGCCAAUUCCACCAAUUUCCUUCCUCGUCCAGCUCUCCCUUCCCUCGCCAGUCCCAACUAUAAGUCGAGCUGAUAUUUCCGUUCCAGUGAGCACAGGUGUCUUAACUUCCGCUCGGGAUAUUACCAAUCCUCCAGUCGGGCGCGGAACGGGAACCCUAUUUAUCGGCUUGUAGGCUAUUCGCGAUCGUCUUUCGAGCAAUUGUAGCGGGUGGUGGUUGGUGACCACAUGUGAUUGAAUGGUUUUUGUACACACACACGAGUAUAGCAAGGUGGCAUUAGUUCUAGGAGUCUUGCGCGUCCAAGCUUCUCCUAUAGCACUAGUCGUUGCUUCUUUUUAUGAGGAUUAAUUGCUAGCUCGGUUAGGGUUGCUGUAAAUCUUCGCCAUCCAAAACAUUGGUUGCAUUGGCACGCUUCACUGAACCGGAAUAGCACAACCACACACAUCGGCUCCCCGAACAUGGUUCAAUUAAGAUGCUAAAGCAGGGAAGUUGUGUGUGUGUGUGUGUAGAUUUCACGCUUCAGCCGAGAGUGUGGGAAAGCGAUUUUUCUGCGCCGCAUCAAACAUUCCGUGCUCCGUAACGUGUUAAACGCGAAAAGCUUGUACAGUCGAGCGGCUAAAGUAUGUGGUAGCAUUUUUAUGAUUAGCAAACAUUUAAAGCCUGCAAGAACCAGAUACAACCAGCAGCAAACUAAUGUAGAACAUCACAAAAAACCAUCGUGCCGCAGAUUAGUUUAUCUCCUUCAAAUGGCUCCCCCAAAAAUCUGUUUGCAUUUGAAGGGCAACAUGGGACGACGACGACAGACGAGCAAAGCAAUUCGCAUUUCCCAGAAAUCGCCACACGUCCACCGUGCGCUGCCGUCAGGUGAUUGAUCGACAUCGAUCGGUCCUGCAGUAAGCAGAGGUAAAAACGCAGCAACAGUUUUGCUGGAAUUCUCGCUUGAUUUGUAACUUCCUCCAGCCGGUUGAUAAGAGAGCAACGAAGAAGAGGACGAGUGUUGCACCCUUUUUUUGGUCUCGACUGGAUUGCCAACUGCUGCUGCUCGACGACUCCAAAUGAUUUUGACAAGUUGCUCCGAAAGGCCACACCCAGAUCUCGUAGAUCUCGUCGGCCGUUCAGGGUCGACACGGGUGCGUGAGGAGCACGAUGGCAUCACGAUGCAUGGCGAUCGCCCGACAACCCGAUCUGACAUCAGCCAUUUACCCAAAAUGUAGCUUCGAAGAAAUCACGUACGAGAUUGAUCGCUGGGACGCGUUUCGGGACGAGAUCCUGUCAGCGCAACUCGCCGAACGACGCACGCUCAAGCCCGGUAGCUCAAGCUGAGCUGAGGAUUUGGAUCUCGACGCGAUCGUAUCGAAUGCGAAGACAAAUGUCAGUCAAAUCAGACGGACUGCGAAUGAGCGAGAAAAGGAAAGAGAGCGAUGGAAUGAAGUACACAGAUUAAAAGCAGACUAGAGAGAUCGAUUGGAAUCAGUCCGGAGUCCGAGGAAAGUGACCGGAGCUGGAGACAUGGAGGGAGCGUUCGCGCGCCUGCGUUCGUUUGCGCGGACACCUGAUGCGUGGUCGAGAUGUUCGGAACUCGCGAAUGGGCAAUUAAGUCGUCUUUAGAGCAAAUUACCUAGCAAUUGCGAUCGACUGGAGGGAUGGGUGGGGUUGUAAAAAAAAAUCACGAUCUGGGGCGGAAAAUUAUCGGCAUGAUGAGAUUUUGACCCGAUUACACGCGUAGGCUCUGCGGGACAGACGAUCGUUCGCGUGCAAAGCGGGAAUGUACUGCUCGAGAGAGGCUGCUUUUUUGCAUGACACGCGUGCAAUCAGAGUGUGCAUCUCGAGCGUUCGGGAAAUGAUCGACACUGAUCGUUAUCAUCGAAGGAUGGUAAUUGCGUGCCUUUCCAGAACUUUUCCUCGAUGACUCAGGAAAAGCGGAGAAGUUGCUUGGAAGUUUCGCGCAAGCCUAAUGAGUUGUUUACGUCGCGAUUACUUUGUAUGGUGAGUGAUCAAUCUCACAGCGUUUUACAUAGCAACAGGCGCUAUAUUAAAGGCAGUCGGGGGUUUUCCACUUUAAAUUCUACCCAUCAAAGCUUUUGAAAGCAUUUUUUGUCAUUUUUUGCAAUAAUUUAUUUAAAUACCUUUCAUCACGAUAAGUGUCCGGGGAGGAAAGAAAUAGAUCAUUUCAUUUUACGACAACCAUUUUCUCUUUCAAAUCCUAAAUAAAGUCAUUUUCUUGGAGCUUUCUCGGCCCCACUUUGCUUG